GGCGCUUUUCGCGGCUCAACUUUUUAACCUGUUCUAUGGUUCUAUGCUUGACAAGGCAAGCGGUAUUUGGGUUUAUUAUUGAUAUAUUGAUAUUAAUAAAUUAGUAAUUACUUAACCGAAGAUACACUUUUUCAACUCCGUACAGUGUUCCCCGUAAAAACUCUGAUGUUUGAACCGAAAGUAGUAGUUCAACAUUAAACUCCAUUGCCCAAAUGUGAAUAACAGUGUGUUGACGUAAAAUAAGUGUACAGUCAGUACAGUGCGUGUUUAGUUUCGAGAAUGAAAAUUCGCAGUUAGACGUGCGAAUAAAAAGCGAUAAACAAGUUUUACCCGAGCCCAAAAGUGGCUUAAUUUUUAUAUAAACAACGUAGUAAUUCGACAGAAAAAAUAGUGGUGCUUAUUUCUGUUCUGUGAUUAGUGCUACGUCGAUGUAGAAGCACGGCGAGGCUCGAUCGGCGUCUCGUCGUCUCUACUUUCUCUGUCCGUGACGGUAUUUUCAUGGCGAACUUCGAAUAGUGUGUACGCCGUUUGAAGGAGCCAGUGCGGCGAUAUAAACGGGAUUCCUUUUUUUUAUUUCUUGUUUAUUUUUUCCUCCGUAAACCCGUAUCGCGUUAGAGACUUCAGUGCGUCGUGAGGAGCUUGCUUUGACAAUGAAGAAGAGUUGAGAUAGAAACAGAGACCCAGCUGUAUUCCCAAGAUAUGAGUGGCUCGCGACUCGGCAGGGGCCGAGGAGGCCGCUUAGCCGUUUACGGAGCUUGCGGAGUCGUCGUCGUCCUCCUCGUAUUUCUUUACCGAGCUGCUACGUCGGAGAUGUCCAGGUUGCGUGAGAUGCAUGCACAGUGCAUCCAUCAACAAGAGACUUUUGCCGAGCAGCUUCAAGUUGUUUUCGAGUACAAAGUCCGAUUGGAAAAGUCACUGGCCGAAGAGAAGAGCUCGAAUGCUGCAGUUAAACAAGAAUUGCAACAGCGUGCAACACGUGAAAAAUCACUCCGAGACAAAGACAGUGUCGAAGCAUUACGAAGAUUCAAUUCGCUUCAACAGACUCACAAAAUUUUGCAAUCGGAACAUCAGGACCUGAAAGAAGACUGUGAAAAACAACAGAAACAAGCGUUGGAGGAUCGCAAGAGACUCGAAGUUACCCUCAGAGAUUUGAGAUCUCAAUUACGAGAAGCUCGCGAGGACAAGGAGAAAUCGUUGGAACAUUUGAAAACGAAGUAUCUCGAAGUUGAUACUGAUAAAAGUAGAUUAGAGGACAAAUAUAAUGCUCUGCUCAAAAACACUGCUAAUGACAAUAGCACUAUCGAGCAUCUACGCAAAGAAGUGAUGCAGCUCAAUCGAGAACUGAAAGAGAACUCCUGCAAAUCAUCAUCUUCAGGACCAAUCAUGAUAUCGCAGGGGUCAGAUCAUCAGUUGGCACAGCCAAACGCAGCGAACGAAGGUGUCCAAGGAGUUGCGAUAGAUGAGCAACAGGGUGCACGUCCAUCGUCCCAGCAACAGCAAAUAGCGCAGAGUGUGGCGACGAGUCCGGAAAAGCUUGGGGCAGCUGCGAAGGUCGAGACUUCGACGAAAUCGGGAGUAAAUUCUGCUUCGACGAUUGCCAACAAAUCAGCGAAUCCUGUCGUACCUGUGAAAUCAGCGCCGAAAGUUAAAUUGCCGUUCGGGGUUUUGCCAAUUCUCAAUAUAAUCGACUCGAAUGUGGAGCUCAAUGCGAAGGCUGAAGAAACUAAGAAAAUCGGGGACGACAAAAACGCAGCGGUGAGAGAUAAUGCCAAUGAGGGAGGCAAAAAUCGCGGACCAAUUCAGCCAGCGAACAACGCUGUUCCCCAAGUUUCUGGCCGACGUCACAUGGGCGAACAAAUUCUCAAUGGACCCGACGACGCCGAAUGGUUCAGAGCGAAAGGCAUACAGGAAAUUGGCGACGACCUUGGCAAUGAAGGGAAAAUGCAAGACUUCGAAGAUGGACAAGUACGAGCUGGAGCCGAUGGCGCUGAUUACGACAAUUAUUAUAACAAGGGACCACAGCAAAAAAACCCUGAAGAAAGCGAGGACGAAGGCGAAGAGGAAGACGUUGCGGAUUACAUGAACAAUAAUGAAAUGAAGAAACAAGAAUAAGUCCAAAAAUCUGUUAUUUUCCUGGAUCAACGACGAUCAAAAACAGGAAAAGUAAGAAAAAAGGAGGGGGAAACGAACGAUUAAAAACUUCGUUAACAUCGCCACGUCGACUUCACAACGAUUACGAAGAACCAAAUGCGGUUGUCGAGAAGAUUCCUUCGAAAUGGACAAUCGAGAGAGAGAGAGAGAGAGAGAAGAAAAAUCACAAAGGAGCAGAAUGCAAGGCAGCAAACCUAUGAAGUACGGACGAUUGUUUACAUAUUGACAAAUACAGAUAGAUGAUAUUUUUCUAGACGCAAGGUGACAAUUAAAGAAAACGAAAAGCAGAGAAAAAACGAUAAAAAGGGAACGUGAGCUUGGCUCAGUCGCUUCGUGAAUUUUUCAUCUUGUUUUUGUUUUUUUUUUAAUUCAAAUGUGACGUGACGCUCGUUACAUUUUGAUUGACUACGAGGUUCUAACAUUCGAAUCUUUUGGUAAAAAAAAGGGAAAAAAACCCACGCACAGAUAAAAAUGAGAUAACCGCAUUGAUAAUUUUUUUUGAAGUUUUUUUGUCCGUUUAUUUCUCACGUCGUACGAAGUCAACUUUGAUAUUGCAAUCAACUAAAUUCCAUAAUUCGAAUAUCAGGAAAAACUCUUUACAGAGUAAAACAAAUUCACUGAAAUCCAAUGAUGUUAUUUCAAAAAUCCUUGAAGCCAUCAGAAUCUGAAAUUUUUGCAUUUACGAACUGCGAUUCAUUCGUUCGUCCUGAUGCACGUUGUUUGAAGGUCCUAAGAGAAAUAAAUAGAGGAAAAGACCGAAAUGUACUUACAGCAUUAUUUAUUUGACGGCUCUACGCUCACGAAUACAGCGUGAUUCAAAAGUACUAAAGACUUAAGGAAUUUACAACAAAAAUAGACUAAUAUUUGUUAUGAAACUUAGAUUUACUUAUACAAGAAAUGCAAAAAAGUAACCCAGAGAAAAAUAUCACGGGGAUUAAAACAGCCAAGAGAAAAAGUGUAAAUAAAAAUCCCAAUUUUGUAAUAAAACAUGAAAAAUCAUGAAA